CUUGUCCCGACAAACAUGAAACUUGACGGCUGGGAGCUAAUGGCAUUGAAGUCCACCAUAGCUAAAAAUAAACAUAGGCAAAGUGAAGAACUUGGGAGAGUAUUUGAGCAGCAAUAACUGUGUGAUAUAAUCUGUUUCAUAACCACUGACUUCAGAAAUACAGAUUGUAAAAGCCAAAUUGCAGAUGACCAAAAUAAAGGGAGGAAGACAGCGAGCCUAUCGGCCAAAGACUCGAUCGGGAUGCCUUACUUGCAAAGUACGACGGGUCAAAUGUGACGAAGGACGGCCGGAUUGUCUCCGAUGCACGUCAACCGGCCGCACUUGUGACGGCUAUGCCCAUACGACAGCACCAAUUGCGGGAUCAGGAUCCGUCCUGCAGGGUCCAUCUCUUGAGAUUCAGGCCUCCCCACGUUCUAAGCGAUCGUUUGCGUUCUUCAUGCAAUGCACAUGCUCUCAACUAGCUGGUUUCUUCGGAUCCGAAUUCUGGGAACGGCUUGUUUUUCAGGCCGCGUAUAACGAACCUGCUGUGCGCCACGCAGUUGUUGCUAUAGGUUCGCGCCAUGAGCUUGCCAUAUAUCAGAAAGCAGCAGAAAGAGAUGCCGUGGGGUGUUUUGCGCUAGGGGAGUACAACCUUGCCAUUAGGCAUCUGAUAAACCCAUCACAGGGCAAGGCGCAGCGAAGCGUCGACGUAUACCUCAUUAUGUCCAUCCUUUUCGCUUGCUUUGAGAAUAUACAAGGAAACCAUGCUUCAGCAAUAACCCAUCUUCAAAGUGGCGUCAAGCUCCUACGAGAGACAGUAUACGACAGGGAUUCUGGCGCGCUAGAUUGUCAACAGUUUGAAACCGCAAACCGCAUAAAUUCCUAUGCUUCAUUUCAAACUUACGCCAAGAUAUUCGCACUUCUGGAUUCACAGGCCUCUAGGAUAAUUGGAGAUUAUUAUCAGUCAUUCAUUCAAUCUUCCCCUCCUUCAUAUGCUGAUGCAGUGUAUGGUGCUGGCUCUCUAUCAUUUUCCAGUAUUGAUGAGGCUAGGACUUUGUGGGAGUAUGGCGCUUGUCUAUUCAGUGGCACUCUAGACACUAAGCUAUCGGAUGCCUCUAUGCAACUCCCUCAUAAACCCGUAGAGGGCCAACGAAGUCAUCUCGUAAAUCUAACGUCAAAAUAUUUUUACGCGGUGGAAGACCUUAUACAGUCCAGGAAGUCACAUUUCACGCCAAGAGAAGAACUAGCAGCAGCGAUCCUUCAACUCAAUGUCCUCGUUACUUGGGUCUCAUUUGAGAUCGAACUCCAAUACCCAAAAGCCACUUGGGAUAAGUUCAUGCCGAAACUGAACGACAUGGUCCUUCUUGGAGAACAGAUCGUUUCGCUUAUCUCAUCUAGCAAUGAUAGUAAGCAAAAUACGAGUUCGUUCUGCCUUGAAUCGGGCUACAUUCUUCCAAUGUAUGCUGUGGCUAGUAAUUCUCGAGACAUCGGUAUCCGCCGAAGGGCUAUUGCUGUUCUUCGUUCUGUUUCUCGCCAAGAGGGCCUGUGGAAUAGCUUUCUAGCAGCGGAUGCCGCCGAGAGGGUAAUCGAGAUUGAGCAAAGGGUUGCGAGAGAAAUGAGCGUUUGCGGUGACGGUUAUGAAGAAUUAGAGUUAUUUAGCUCCCGGCCGCUCCUAGAAAUAGAUGCGAAGGGUGGCCGGUUACAUUAUACUCGAAGUCCACAUGGAUGCCAACCCCCUCACGAUGUUGUCGAGGAAGUAUUUAGUUGGUAG